AUGUCUAAUGUCGAACAUGUUAUAGAGGUCAAUGACCUUUGCUUCAAUUAUGGAGGCCCGCCUAUAUUGGACCACUUAAAUUUCAAGCUGAAAGAGGGAAGUCGCUGCAUACUUGUUGGUGCUAAUGGCGCAGGCAAGACGUCUCUCUUGAGAAUCUUGGCUGGUAAACGUCUCAUUCACGGUCACGUUCGUGUGCUCGGAAGAGAUGCUUUUUUAGAUGCACCACCUGGUGUGACUUAUUUAGGCACAGAAUGGGCAAAUAAUUCAAUUGUCAAAUCCGACUUGUCUGUUGACUAUUUACUGAAAAGUAUGGGCAGUCAUCGAUGGCCUGAGCGUGCUCAAGAGUUACUGGACGUCUUGGAUGUCGACACGACAUGGCAUAUGCAUCAGCUUUCUGAUGGUCAACGUAGACGUGUUCAACUCGUGAUGGGCUUAUUGCAUCCUUGGAAGGUGUUGCUCUUGGAUGAGGUCACAGUAGAUCUCGAUAUCCUGGCCAGAGCCGACUUUUUGAGGUUUUUAAAAAAGGAAACAGAACAAAGAGGAUGCACGGUGGUUUAUGCCACACAUAUAUUUGAUGGAUUAGGUGGUUGGGCUACUCAUAUAGCUCAUAUUGCAGACGGAACCUGUCUAUCAUUUGACGAUGUUUCCAACUUCCCAUUACUAGAAAAGAUCAAACAAGAACAAAAAGAUAGCUCUGAUUCUCCCUUGAUGACCUUAUGUCUAGGCUGGCUAAAGGAAGACAGAGACCGUUUGCGUAAUAAGAAGCAACUUGACCCUGCCACAGGCUUACCUCACUCGAAAUGGGAUGAAAUGAGUGAGAAUAUGAAGGCGUAUGGAGACAAGUUUUAUAAUUAUUGGAGCCAGCAACAAUAA